GGCGCAGCGGCAGCCUCAGGUUGGGCCUGAGCCAGAGCCUGAGCCUAUCAUGGGCCUCAGUAGCCUGAGCCUGAGGCGGCUAGCGGCCGCGGCCCGGGCCUGACUAGUAGCCCCGGGCCGCCAGUGACUCGGAGUCCCGGCUCGGGCGCGAGUUGCCUGAGAAACCAAGUUGCGGCAACUUGAAUUGUUAGCCGGGGUCGUGGGGGCGGCCGGGCCCUAUAGUAGUACAGGCUCGUAGGCUGGGUUACCGCAGUAUAUCAUGUACAAGUGACUUCAUAGAUAUAUGCGUCUGUAACGGCGUAAGUGCAAAACGACUACAUGAUCCAAGUUAUUGAUCAAGACUUAAUUUCAUCAGCCCUCCAAGAGGGCACACAACUAGUAACGUCAGAUGGCUCGGGGAUUAACGGUGACACUCUUGCUGAUAUAGCGGCGAAGGCAACCGAGUUACGACUAUCGUUUAAGAACGUACUAGAAAUCGAUAAUUUGCAAGGUUUCCACGCUCUAAGGACUUUGUGCUUAGAUAAUAACAUCAUUAAGUGCAUGAAAAAUUUAGAUCAUUUGGUGAACUUGACCUGGCUUGAUCUUUCAUUUAAUCGCAUCUCAAAAGUGACAGGCUUGGACAGGCUGGAGAAGCUAACAGAUCUAUCAUUAUUCAAUAACAUGAUAUCUGAGGUCAACGGUCUCGGUCGGUGUAAAAACCUGCACUGCUUAUCUCUGGGCAACAACAACAUCUCCGCUCUUAAAGAUAUUGUUGAAUUGAGAUGCUUUCAAAACUUAAGGCUACUUAACUUGGAAGGCAAUCCUGUAUCAAAAGAGUCCUCGUAUCGCAUGUGCAUACUGGCUUAUUUCAGUGAGCUCGCAUAUCUUGAUUACUCCAUGGUGACUAGAGCGGAGGUUGUAACGGCACGAGAACAAUAUCAGGACGAGCUUCUGGAUGUGGAAGAGAAGGAAAAUCUCCAAGAAGAAAAAAACAGCAGCGAACUCGCCGCUAUCAGGCAUACACAAAAGCUGGCGGAUGCUAAUCUGACCGUAGUGCAGAUUAUAUUUGAUGAUAUGUUUGCUGAUGAUAUCGAGAUCUUAAAAUUGAAGCAUUUUCCCGGGGUAAGCAGUAUUAUGAAUUCGUUUCAAAGCGAAGUAGAAUCCGCCUCGGAUGUGUUUCAACGGGAAGGGUUGGCAAGAUAUCAACUAAAGAAAAGAGAAGAAAAGCAAUUCGAAUUCGCACUGCGUCAGUUACGAGCGAAAUAUGCCAACGAGUCUAUUGAUCUGGUGACAAAGUUUGGACGUAUUAAAAAGAAAACUCUAAAGAGUCUGGCUCUUAAGCAGAAUAUUGAAUCAUAUGAUCUUGACCCACUCCGGGUAGCUCUCAGGAAAUUGAUUAGUUUGUUAAAGGACCUUGAAAUGAGGCAAGUUGAACAAUGCGAAGAACUAAUAGGCGAGUUCGAAACAAAAUAUUUUGAGGUCAAACAGUCUUGUCUGGAGGGUCAACAAGCUUACUUUAGACGCCUCGAAGAUCACGAAACCAAUUUCAUUCGUAUGCUCUCGCUUUUGGUUGGUGAGCUUUUGGACCAAGCAGCCAAGGACAAGUUACCAGAUGACUUGCCAUCUGAGAUAAGCUCCUUACUGACAGACAGAGAUUCGUGCAUGAAUGCAAUCACUGGCUCCCAUGACAUUCACGUAGGAAAGUUAUAUCGUCGGGAGGACGAAGCAAAACAUAACGAAGGAUUAUUGUUUAAAGGAACUCUACGGUAUUAUCGUGAUGAGGAACAUUUAAGGAGCAGAUGUCGAAUUUCUGAACUCAACGAUUUUGAAGGAGCUUGCUUGAAUGAAUUCAGCAGGUUGACGAGCGAUAGGGACAGUGAUGAAAAGGCAGAAUGAAUUACACUGCCGUGUGCUUGCUACCAAUGUAAUUGAGUUCUUCGGGCUCAGGCUAGUAAUUGAGUUCUCCCGGACCGCCCGUCAAGGCCGCGGGCGCGGCAGACGGCCGUGGGCGCGGCAGACCGCCGCGGACAGGGCCCCGUGGUCAAGGUUAAAACUCGUGGCCGACUGGGAUAGGAUGUGGGGCGGACGCAGCAGUCGCAGUUGAAAUUGAAUCUGCGAUCGCAGACAGCGGGCGGUGGGCCGGUCGCGAGCGGCGGACGCUAUUUCGCGGUCAGGUCGCGGGCGGGACCGAACGGCCGUGGACCUGACAGCCCGGCCAGGGAGCCGGUGGGGCACGUGGUGUACCCGUCUCGCGGUCAAGGUACGGACUCGGUGCGGUCUUUCUGCGAACGGACGCGGCGCAGGGAAGUCGGAGGUCUCACAGGCCCCGUACUAGUCACGGCAGACCAGUAGUAGUGGCCACUUCUAGUGGCCACUAGGAGUGCUACUAGUAGUCCAAGUUUGUCGUUGCGGAUAUAUCAGUAAAUAAGUGAAUAC